AUGGGCUGGAAGGGCCAGGCGCGUCGGGUUGCCAGAGCCCCGGGAGUGGGCGAGUCUAGCGCACCCUUCACGACAGUGAUGCUGCGUCGCCUUCCUCCUGAAAUGACCACCGAUACAUUGCUGGCAAUGCUCAACAUCGUCACACCUAGCAGGUUUGACUUCGUGUAUGUUCCUUAUGACCGGCACAAGCUCGUUAACAUUUCCUUGGCCUUCAUUAACUUCACGGACAGCGGAGCGGCCAAGGAGGUGACGGAUUUCUUCCACAUGCUCAACGACGCAAAUGCGGCCUGGAACAUCGUUGCAUGUGCUGGCAACGUCCAAGGGUUCUCCUUCAACGCCGCCUACUAUGUGGCUCGCUUCGGGUUCCGGGCGAUCCACGACGCACAUGCACCUCUUUUCUUCAAGAACGGUAUGCAGCUCACGGACCGUAGGGAGAUCAGCAAGCUGUAUGCCUCCUUGCCAUCAGAAACCGUCCAGGGAGCCAAGGACUUUGUCAAGGCCGAGCGUGGAGGCUCUGGCCGAAGUGGUACUGCACGACGUGCUCAUGACCUCGUCUGGCAGCCCGCGGGCCCGGAGGAAUCAAGGCUCUCUGCCAGACCAGACUAUGGCUGGUCGGACUCACAGAUGCAAAUUCGGGACGGCCUCAAGGCCAGGGUGCCAGUCGGAUUCGCGCCAGCGAGCUCCGGGCUUUCAAGUCCACCAUCCACCCGGUCUACAAGCUCCGAGCCUUAUGACUUGAAGGUCGGUGAAGCCCUAUUCUCGCAAAUCCUUGAUGAGCCUAGCGGUGUGUGGAUCUUCAGCUUCUAA